AUGAGGCUGGAGAGCAUUCUGGCCCGGUAUUUGAUACCAUCUCUGGACAGAUCGCAUGCUGGCUUCUAUCGGUGUAUUGUGAGGAACAGAGUUGGGGCGUUGUUACAGAGGAGAACCGAAGUACAAGUGGCACAUAUGGGAAGUUUUGAGGAAGGAGAACGAACCCAAGCCGUAUCCCAAGGAGAAGGAGCCGUAAUACCGGCGCCUCAUAUUCGCUGUUUCCCUCAACCACAGGUUACCUGGUUCAGAGACGGUCGCAAAAUCCCUCCCAGCAGUCGAAUAGCCAUUACUCUGGACAAUACGCUGGUCAUCCUGUCCACCGUGGCCCCAGAUGCUGGAAGAUACUACGUACAAGCCGUGAAUGACAAGAACGGCGAAAACAAGACUGGCCAGCCCAUAGCACUGUCUGUGGAAAAUGUUGGUGGUCCUGCAGACCCCAUCGCUCCCACCAUUGUCAUCCCGCCGAGGAACACCAGCGUCAUCUCCGGCACCUCUGAGAUCACCAUGGAGUGUGUGGCCAACGUGCAGACCACCACCUACCUCGCCGUUACGAGUAUAGCACCGAACAUCACGGCAGGGCCUUCCGACAGCACUGUGAUUGACGGCAUGUCAGUUAUCCUUCACUGUGAGACCUCAGGAGCGCCCCGUCCUGCCAUCACCUGGCAGAAAGGAGAACGUGUGCUAGCAAGCGGUUCGGUUCAGCUCCCGCGGUUCACUCUCCUGGAGUCAGGAAGUUUACUCAUAAGCCCCUCCCACAUAUCAGACGCCGGUACCUACACCUGUAUGGCCAGCAACUCCCGUGGCAUAGACGAGGCCUCGGCCGACCUCGUGGUCUGGGCACGUACACGCAUCUCUAAUCCUCCUCAGGAUCAGAGCGUCAUCAAAGGAACAAAAGCCACCAUGACCUGCGGUGUGACGCAUGACCCCAGCGUCUCAGUCAGGUUUGUUUGGGAGAAGGACGGUCAGGUGAUCAUCACUCAGUCUCUGCCUCGACUGCGGUUGGAUGUCAACGGUACGCUGCACAUCUCUCAGACCUGGUCAGGUGACAUCGGCACAUACACCUGCAGAGUGACAUCAGUGGGCGGCAAUGAUUCCCGUAGUGCGCACUUACGCGUGAGGCAGUUACCUCAUGCCCCUGAGAACCCCAGCGCAGUGUUAAGCACCACAGAGAAGAGAGCCAUAAACCUGACGUGGGCCAAACCUUUUGACGGGAACAGUCCUCUCAUCCGUUACAUUCUGGAAGUGUCUGAAAACAAUGCUCCUUGGACAGUCCUGUUGGCCAGCAUCGAGCCGGAGUCGACUGCUGUAACGGUCAAUGGGCUGAUCCCGGCGCGCUCAUACCAGUUCCGUCUGUGUGCCGUCAACGACGUUGGCAAGGGCCAGUUCAGCAAGGAGACUGACCGGGUGUCUCUUCCAGAGGAGCCGCCCAGCGCUCCGCCUCAGAACGUCAUUGCCAGUGGCCGCACCAACCAGUCCAUCAUGAUUCAAUGGCAGCCACCACCAGAAAGCCACCAAAAUGGCAUCCUGAGAGGAUACAUCAUCCGGUAUCGUCUGACCGGUCUGCCUGUGGAUAUCCAGUAUAAAAAUAUCUCUAAUCCUGAUGUCACCAACCUGCUGCUGGAGGAUCUCAUCAUCUGGACGAAUUAUGAAAUUGAGGUGGCGGCAUAUAAUGGAGCUGGACUGGGUGUUUACUCCCAUAAGGUUACAGAGUGGACACUCCAGGGUGUUCCCACCAUCGCUCCAGGCAAUGUGAAAGCAGAGCCCUUCAACUCCACCACAAUACGCUUCACCUGGACAGCCCCGAACCCGCAGUUCUUCAACGGUAUCAACCAGGGCUACAAGCUGUUAGCAUGGGAGCCAGGAAAGGAAGACGAGAUGACAAUAGUGACCGUUCGGCCGAACUUCCAGGACAGCGUGCAUGUGGGUCACGUCACCGGCUUAAAGAAGUUUUCUGAGUAUUUCACCUCUGUGCUCUGCUUCACUACGCCAGGAGACGGUCCUCGCAGUCCUCCACAACGACUGCGCACACAUGAAGACACCCCCGGUGCUGUGGGUCACCUGAGCUUCACUGAGAUUUUGGACACUUCUCUCAAAGUCAGCUGGAGAGAUCCCAAUGAGAAGAACGGUGUUCUGACUGGGUAUCGUAUAUCAUGGGAGGAGUAUAACCGUACUAACACGCGGGUUACACACUACCUGCCUAAUGUUACUCUGGAAUACAGAGUCACUGGACUGACCGCUCUCACCACUUACACCAUUGAGGUGGCCGGAAUGACCUCCAAGGGUCAGGGUCAGCUGUCAUCUUCAACCAUCUCUUCAGGAGUACCACCAGAGCUUCCCGGGCCUCCCACAAACUUGGCCAUCUCAAACAUUGGCCCUCGAUCAGUAACCUUACAGUUCAAGCCGGGAUACGACGGCAAGACCUCAAUUUCUCGUUGGCAAGUGGAGGCCCAGGUGGGUGUCAUUGGAGAGAAUGAGGAUUGGGUGAUGGUCCAUCAGCUGGCCAACGAGCCUGAUUUUAGCAUUGGAGAGAAUGAGGAUUGGGUGAUGGUCCAUCAGCUGGCCAACGAGCCUGAUGCUCGCUCUCUGGAGGUCUCCGGCCUCAACCCCUACACCUUUUAUAGGUUCCGUAUGCGUCAGGUGAACAUAGUGGGCACCAGUCCUCCCAGCCAGCCUUCCAGAAAGAUCCAGACCCUGCAGGCUCCUCCUGAUAUGGCCCCUGCAAAUGUCACCCUGCGGACGGCCAGCGAAACCAGCCUCUGGCUCAGAUGGGUGCCUCUUCCUGAAUGGGAGUACAACGGGAACCCAGAUUCGGUGGGUUACCGUGUGCAGUACAGCAGGACUGGAGCUCAGUCCAAAGCCCUGCUACACGUCAUCGCAGACCGCCUGGAGAGAGAGUUCACCAUCGAGGACCUGGAGGAGUGGACGGAGUAUGAGGUCAGAGUUCAGGCCAUCAACGGCAUUGGAGCAGGACCUUGGAGUCAACCUGUACGGGGAAGAACCAGAGAGUCCGUCCCCUCUUGUGGCCCCACAAAUGUUUCUGCAUUUGCCACUACCUCCAGCAGCAUUCUGGUCCGCUGGUUUGAAGUUCCCGAACCCGACCGGAAUGGACUCAUCUUGGGCUAUAAGGUGGUGUAUAAGGAGAAGGAUUCAGACUCUCCUCUACAGUUCUGGACAGUGGAAGGAAAUGCCAGUCACAGUGUUCAGCUAACCGGACUAGGCAAGUAUGUUCUGUACGAGAUCCAGGUGCUCGCCUUCACCCGCAUCGGAGACGGCCGACCCAGCUCUCCUUCAAUCCUGGAGCGAACCCUUGAUGACGUGCCCGGGCCGCCUGUCGUCAUUCUUUUUCCUGAAGUCCGGACCACCUCGGUCAGACUCAUCUGGCAGCCACCUUCCCAGCCCAAUGGCAUCAUACUGGCCUAUCAGAUCACAUACCGCCUGAACUCCACCAAUAGCAACACAGCCACGUUUGACGUCUUGAACUCCAGCGCACGGCAGUAUACCGUCACCGGACUGAGGCCGGAAUCCGUGUAUGUGUUCCGUAUCCGAGCGCAGACACGCAAGGGUUGGGGAGAGGCAGCGGAGGCUUUGGUGGUCACCACCGAAAAGAGAGCUCGGCCCCAGCCCACCAGCCGUCCCACAGUCCCUCAGGAAAACGUACAGGCACGCAGCGUGCUGUUGUCAUGGGAACCCGGCAGCGACGGUUUAUCGCCGGUUCGGUAUUACACGGUUCAGGUCAGAGAGCUGCCUGAGAAGAACUGGACGGUUCAUUCUGCGUCUGUUAGCCACGAGUCCAGCUCCUAUAUUGUUGACAGACUGAAGCCCUUCACCUCCUAUCAGUUCAGAGUGAAGGCCACUAAUGAUAUUGGAGACAGUGACUACAGCGAAGAGAGUGAAGCCAUUACAACACUACAGGACGCUCCUGACGAAUCUCCCACAAUCCUAACUGUCACGCCACACACCACAACCUCUGUGCUGAUAUGCUGGCAGCCCCCUCCUGAGGAGAAGAUUAACGGGAUCCUACUGGGCUUCCGAAUCCGAUAUCGGGAGUUGCUUUACGAUCGGCUCCGAAGUUUCAGCGCUCAUGCUAUCAGCAGUCCUUCAACCAGCUGGGCAGAACUCACAUCUCCAUACAGCAUACAGAAUCUCAGCGAUCCCUCCCUCACUCAGUAUGAGCUGGACAAUCUUACGAAACACAAGCGCUAUGAAAUCAGAAUGAGUGUCUAUAAUGCUGUUGGUGAGGGAGCAACUAGCUCACCACAGGAAGUCUUUGUUGGCGAAGCAGUUCCCACUGCCCCACCUCAAAAUGUGGUCAUCCAAUCAGCUACUGCCACACAAUUUGAUGUGACGUGGGACCCGCCUCCGUUGGAGACUCAGAAUGGAGAUAUUCAGGGUUAUAAGAUUUUCUUUUGGGAAUAUCAGCGGAAAAACGAGACCGAGAAACUGAGGACUCUCUUCCUGCCAGAGGGAGGGGUGAAGCUCAAGAAUCUAACGGGUUACACCACCUACAUGAUCAGUGUUGCUGCUUUCAAUGCAGCCGGCGAUGGGCCACGCAGCCUACCGACCAGAGGAAGAACCCAGCAAGCUGCUCCCAGUGCUCCCAGUUUCAUCCAUUUCAGUGAGCUUACCACCACCUCUGUCAACGUGUCGUGGGGCGAGCCUGUCUUCCCUAACGGCAUCCUUGAGGGUUACAGACUUAUCUACGAGCCCUGCAUGCCUGUUGAUGGCGUCAGUAAGAUCGUGACGGUGGACGUGAAGGGGAACGCCCCUCUGUGGCUGAAAAUCAAAGACCUGGCAGAUGGCGUCACAUACAACUUCCGCAUUCGCGCCAAAACCUUCACCUACGGUCCAGAGGUGGAGGCCAACAUCACCACAGGACCUGGAGAAGGAGCCCCGGGCCCUCCCGGUGAGCCCUUCAUCUCCCGAUAUGGCUCCGCCCUCACCAUCCACUGGACCAAUGGGGAUCCCGGGCGAGCACCUAUCACCUGCUAUGUUAUAGAGGCCAGGCCCUCAGAUGAAGGCUUGUGGGACAUCUUAAUCAAGGACAUUCCCAAGGAAGUGACUUCGUAUACCUUCAACAUGGAUAUCUUAAAACAGGGAGUCAGCUAUGACUUCCGGGUCAUCGGGGUGAAUGAUUAUGGGUACGGAUCUCCAAGCCAACCGUCACCAUCCAUAUCAGCACAAAAAGUGGCUCCGUUCUAUGAGGAAUGGUGGUUUCUGGUGGUGGUUGCUCUGGUCGGCCUCAUUUUCAUCCUGCUUCUAGUUUUCAUCCUCAUCAUCAGAGGCCAGAGCAAGAAAUAUGCUAAGAAAUCUGACUCAAGCAGCAAUUCCAACUGCAAUGCAUUGACACAUGGAGAGAUGGUCAGCCUGGACGAGAGCCGUUUCCCUGCCUUGGAACUGAACAAUCGACGACUGUCCGUCAAAAAUUCCUUCUGCCGCAAAAAUGGCGUCUACACCAGGUCACCUCCUCGACCCAGUCCAGGCAGUCUGCACUACUCAGAUGAGGAUGUCAGCGCCAAAUACAAUGACCUGAUCCCAGCAGAGAGCAGCAGUCUCACGGAGAAGCCAUCAGAGAUCUCAGAUUCACAGGGCAGUGACAGCGAAUACGAGGUGGACCCCAACCGCCAGAAGACGCAUUCAUUCGUCAACCACUACAUCAGUGACCCCACCUACUACAACUCCUGGCGCAGACAGCAGAAGGGAAUCUCCCGAGCGCAGGCCUACAGCUACACCGAGUCGGAGUCCGGAGAGCCCGAACCCUGCGCUCCUCCACCGCCUCUGCCCCCUCUACCCCCGUUCCCACCGCAGCUCAGUUCCCCUACAACCCAGAGCCAGUCCCAGGCUGGCAGCCUUUUCAGACCCAAGGGCAGCCGGACUCCCACUCCAUCCCAGCAGAGCUCCAACCCACCCAGUCAGCAAGGCACACUUUAUCGGCCCCCGAGCAGCUUGGCCCCAGGUUCCCGGGCCCCCAUCGCUGGCUUCUCCUCCUUUGUUUGAUUGAAUGAAGAUAUCGGUACAUGGAAAUACAAAACAAAGGCAGGGAAUCGCUUACUUUCCCCAAUGCCUGAUCAAACUCACGUCUAUAGAAAAAUGACAACAAACAUCAGCCCUGGAUUUGUUGUGCUUACGUUGUCAUUGCAAGCUGAUUUUUGUUUUUAUAUACUUUCUUUGAUCACACAUUUUGUUUUCUUUCGUUUAGGUUUUUGUUUUGUUUCUCUGCUUGUGUGUUCAGAGUGUUUCACUCAAAAUGAAAGACAAUCACUUGGAAAGACACGUAAACACAUUGGUGAGCUUUGUUUGUUUUGGGGUUUUUUUGUGCUGCUUGAACAAACUGCAUGACUUUUUUGUUCAAACAUUUCUUUUCGUUUGCUUUUUCAUUUUGUUGUCAUUGGUUCUUUUGUUUUUCUUUGUUUAACACCAGCACUAAGUUACGAAUGCUGGACAAAGGCACUGACACAUGAAAAAUACAUUUAAAAAG